UAACAGGCUUCCCAUAGCGUAGUCUGCAAACCAAACGCUUAGUUACUCAGAUUAACAAACUCAUUGAAGAAUUAAAACAUCUUAAUUACUCGACAAGGCUAUCAGCGAAAAACCUUGCGAUUUAUUUAAUUUGUAUUCAAAACAUAUUCGUGUUUAUAAAGUGAUAAGAGAGUGAUAGUGUGACAUACAUCUUUAAGUUGUAGAAUAAUCUGAACUUAAUCGUGUAGUUUGUAAUAUCAAUCACAAUCUCUGUAUGUGAAAAUUACGUAGCUAAAUGAUAAUAAUGGGUAUUUAUUGGUGGUGUGUGACGUGCCCGCAGGCAGCGCGGUCCGCGGGUCGCGCCGCUCAUUCAACCAAUACCUCAUGAGCCAUGUCCCUGUUCACGAUUGCCCGUGUUUACUGAACAGUGUACAAGUUUUUAUUUAACUCGAAAAUAUAUAACAAGUGAUCGAAGCUUUCGUUUUUCAAGGAAAAUGUUUGAUAAUAAAAACACAGCUACUGGCGUAGAUAAGGGUGUCUAUAUUAUACACAACGAAGACUUUAAAACAACGCCUGAAUUAACAUUCAAUUAUAGUUCGCAGAAGAACGCUAUAGAUGAUGACGAUGAAAAAGAAAAUAGUUCUUGCAUUGCAGCCACCGCGACCUGCUUGCAUUAUUUCACUAUCGUAUUCCUAGGAUUAGCAUCAUGGGCGGUUCUAUGGUGUGCUUUCGGAGACGAAUGGAGUUGGAAUGGAAGGUGGUUUAAGCCAGCAGUGGUGGUGGCUAUAGCCUGGGCGACGGGAGAACUGCUGCAGAUGACCACCACACUGCCACCCCUAUUGGCUGCCUUACUGACCGGCAUGAUAGCUCGCAACAUCGGGUACCUGGACAUGAGACAUUAUACUGAAGUCGAUAGCUUUAUGAGAAAAAUAUACCCAUUCAUAAUCCUGGGUAAAGGGUCUCUGGGUUGGAACCUGACCUACAUGAAGAACAACUGGAAGCAGGUGGCUGCGCUAGGGGUGCUACCCUGGACAGCUGAAGUUGUGACACUCGCUAUCUGCUUAAAUCAGUUGCUUGGAUACCCUUGGAUUUGGGGUUUCCUACUAGGAUCGAUCUACGCCUCAGUGUCAUGUCCAGUGCUGAUGCCAACGGUGGUAAAACUGACUGCCGGGAAGAACCUGGGUCAGAACUGGCCGCAGCUGAUUUGCACAGCUGGUGGAAUGGAUACCGCUCUCAGUGUUGGUGUAUCUGGGGUCAUUCAUAGCUUUAUCAUGUACGAAGGCGAUGAUGCGUAUCGGUAUAUACGGGCGGCGUGUGCGCUGUUCGUGGGCGCAGCUGUGGGCGUCAUGUGGGGCAGCCUUGCCAAGUUCCUCCCCCCCUCACGAGACGCUUACGUCACGGAGCUGAGAGUGUUGUACGUCGUCAUCGGUGGCUUCUGUGCUCUCUUCAUUACGUCACAGUUCGGCUGGGGUGGGACAGGUGGUGUAGCAGUAUUAGCGUGCAAUGCAACAGCAGCUCAUUUCUGGGCGAAGUCAGGUUGGAAGCUGAACAACAAUCCAGCUGCCACGGCAUACCGCAUCAUGUGGUCAUCUGUUGAACCGGCGCUCUUUGCCUUCACUGGAACCUUCUUCGUGAUACACCCUUCAAUAUCCAAACUGAUGCUGGUCGGUUUCGGUAUACUGUUCGUGUGCCUGGCAGUCCGUCUGAUCGUCGCGUUCCUAGUGUGCCCCACAUUAACAGUGCGGGAGAGAUUGUUCGUCUGCUGCACUUGGGUGCCCAAGUCUAUUGUAGAGGCGGUGUUGUGUCCGGUAGCAAUAAAUGCGUUCAUAGCUCGCGGCGACCACAAUGAAGUACAGAUGGAGUACGCGGAAUACAUCAUGAAACUAAUUGUGCAGGCCAUAUUAAUCACCACGCCUAUUGGUUUCCUAUUAACCAACCAUUUAGGCCCCAUUCUAUUGAAGGAGAAACACAAAAAAUGUGAAAACGAAUCCGAAUCUUAACAAACAAUCUGCAACGAAAGGAUCUCA